AUGAAUAAGCACUUUUAAGUAGAUUUAGAAAAUUAAUCUGACAUCUCUCAAGGCGAGGUUAGGGUUUAAAAUGAGUUUGAUAAGAUAGAAAAAGACAUUAGACAAAAGAAAACAAGUUAAAAAGACCAAAAGUUUGGUAAAGGACGCACUGGAGCUGAUGAAAAAGAUCCAGUAAAAGUGAUUGAAUAUGAAAAAUUUGAGUAAUACUUAAACAGCAUGCAAACUGUUAACAAUCAUAAUUUAGCUGUGGCAACAAAUUAUAUGAUGCAGUUGCAAUAAAUGUAAAUUGAUUUACAAAGGGAAUAGGAAAAUUCGUACAAAGCACUGAAAAGAGCAGAACAUUUGGAAAGGAAAUAUGAAAUAUCAACUAAAAGGUUAUAAGAAACAAUAGAUAGAUUUAGAUUAGAAAGAGAUGAAGCUUUGGCUGUAAAUAGUAAAUUAGCAUAUGAAAAGUAAAUCCAUGAUGAUGUUAUUGCAGAAAAAGACAAUUUAAUAAACAAUAAAAACACGCUCAUAGAACAAUUAGAAGAUAACAUUAAGAUUAAAGAAGAAGAAUUAUAAAAUUUGAGGGUUGAUAAUCAUGCUUUGAUGGAGAAAAAUAAAGAGCUAAAUGAACUAAAUAAGCAAUUAUAAUUGAGCAUCGGUUCUGCUACAUAUCAGGUGGAUGUAUUAGAAAAACAAGUUAAAAGAGAUAACCAACUCUUCGAUGAAUUUAAAAAUAAUAUGAGACUUGAGAUGAAAUAAAAAGAAAAUUAGCUUAUUAUUGAAACUAAAUUAAGACAAUAAAUAGAAAAGGAAACUGUCAAUUUAGUUGAUAAAAUUUCUCAUCUUGAAGAUAAACUUCUUUCGGUAUAAACUCAGAAUGAAAGAUUAGAGCUCGAAAAUAAAAAAAAUAAAGAGAAGAUUUAAGCUUACGAUGAAGGAUAUAAAACUUACUUUAAGUAAGAAAUAUAAGAUAUUUAUGAGAAGAAUGUGGCUAAAUCUAACUCUUUGGAAAACUAACUCGAAGACCAAAGAGCUAAAAAUGCAGAUUUGCAAAGAUAAUUAAACAUUUUGUAAUUUUAGAUAAAACAAGCAGAAGCUUCUAGAUCUUAUUAUAUGAAAGAAAGCGAAGAUGCAGAAGUAGCAAUCUAAAUGGUGAAGCAAGAAAAGACAAAUUAUCUUGAUGAAUUUAGAAAAUUGAAGGAGUAAUACGAAAAGACCAUUAGUGACCUCUAAAACUAAUUGAAGGAAUGCCAGAUGCAAAUCUUUAAAUAAACAGAAGACUCUAAAAGUCUUCGCAUGCACUUAGAUGCAUAUGAAGAUAGAAUUACUUAUUUGCUUGAAAUUUAAGAAAUUAUGUCACACUCUACUGAUAGCAAUACAUAUAAAUUUAUCUCAGACUUAAAGUCUCAAGGUAUAAAUAACUUCUCUAAAGAAGAAUUUCAAUAAAUAAAAGAACAAGCUUUACGCGAACAUGAUUUAACUUUGGCUAAACGUGAUGCCAUGUUUAAAGAACACUAAUCCAAAAGAAAUAUAGAUGAAACCCUAAAUCAAGAUUAUGAAAAACAUAAAAAUGCUUACAAUAAAUAGAGUGACUUAGACUCUGAAUGGAAUAAAAUCUUUCAUAAACUAAACAAUAUUCAAGUAAAAUCAGAUAAUCAAUCAAAGUUACAAUAGCUCUACUGA